CAUUUCGUUCACUCACUGCUGAAAUAUAGUGCACUCACAGCCAUUCACUAUAUAGGAAAUAGUGAAUGAGUGGGCGAUUUCAGACACAGCAUAUGUAUUUAUGUGUCACGCGACCUUCACUCAACCCGGAAGGGCUUCUGCAGACCUGGUGAGUCGUGAUCAAAACAUGUCUCCUAAACCCAUGGAGCCAUUUGCAAGAAAGAUUUUUAAAGGAAUCAUUCUGUUUGAGGUGGCUGGUGUGAUUGGGGCAUAUGCACUCUUUCACAAGAUGAACUCCAGUCGAGACUUCAGAUGCACUGUGAAUACUUAUUGUCCUCAAAUUCUAGAGGUGUAUUACAGAUCAAAUGAGUGGUCCGGGAUCUAUGGCAUCCGGGAGGCAGAUCAAGAGGUCUGGUCUACCAAGCUGGAGUAGAAGUUUCUGCUCUUCACCUUCAAUGUUUUUUCAUAGACUUUUUAGUCUUUCGUGCCAUUCCAAGCUUUCUCCUGUUGAACAUAGCCUUUUUCCUGUAGAAAGAUUAAACAUCUCUUCCACGGAUCCACUCAUCCCAUUGAGCUUCCCAUAUCAGCUGUUUCACAUCUACGUGAAGAAAAUGUGGAAGAAUUGAACUUCACACUCUGCACUUUCUUCUGCAAAUAUAUUUCACUCACAGAUAACAUGCUAUUAAACACUCUGAAUGAUGAAACCUAUUAAUCUCUUAUUAUUGUGUAUGAGGGGUCAUUUUCUGGACCUCAUUUUUCUGGACCUCAAACUCAAAAUUAAAAUGGAAAAAUUAAAAAUAUAUUAAUCUUAGAAGAGGUGUAUCCAAGACAUUUAUUGUACGAAUUGCCUUUUUGUCCAGGUGGGUUUUUUUGCAAAAAGAAACAUUGCCAUAACCUUCAUAUUUAUUUAAAGCCAUAAAUAAACAGUGUAUUACUGAUUUGAUACUCUAUACAUUACCAUGACUUUGUCGAGUAACAUUAAGUAUAAUACAACUCAGGUUUACAAUCUAUGCCACUCAGUUGACGGAGCUCAAAAAUGCCAAAAAGAGAUAAAAGUCUUUAAAUCAUGUCUCUCCUGUGUUGCCUAUUGGUUUGUGAUACCACAUGAAAUUGCAGGAUUGUGCAUUGUUUUUGUUGUUUUAUUGUUCAGCUUAACAUUUGUAUUGGUUGCUUCUCAACAUGAUGUAUAGCAAAGGAAAAUAUUCAUGUACAGAGUUAACAAUUAAACCCCAUUGUUUCUCUUACCCCCUCCCAAUCCCCAACCCCACCCUUGAGCCCCAACAAACAUCCCUGUGGUCAAAG